ACUAGCUAGGGAGACGAAAAUUUUAUAGUUUUUCUUCCUUUCUUUUCCUUUCACUAGUUUCCAAUCAAAAAACGUACUAGUAUAGUUUGAGAGAGACAAAACACAUAAUUGCAGCAAUUUUGCGGGCAUAAAAUUCGGAAUAUUCUAUAAUACAAGGGCAUAAUUGCAAAACAAUUCUCAACAUUUGAACAUCAAGAUUGCGCGGUCUUGAAAGAUUCAAAUGGCUUCUUGACACUGCUCCAUUGCCACAACAAUAAAUUCUGAUUUCAAAAUCCCAUGAACGCCAAGACAAUUUUCUGAACCCAUUCACCAAAUCUGCUAUCGGGUUUCUUCUUCUCAUGGAUUCUGAUACCCCUCGUGCACGCAUUGAUCAAUUCUUUGCUUCGAAAAAGAAGAGGAAGUCUUUAUCACCGAGUCUGAAACCCGCAAGAGCGAAGAAAGAUGUUAAGAUUUCACUUGAGGGGUCUCCUAGCACGAAAGGUUCAUUGGAUGGGUAUUUAGUGACUUCUCAGGAUGAUGAUAGUAAACCUUUGCGCAAAGCUAGAGGCACACCAGUUAAGAGAAAUCUGACGUUAGAGAUUGGUUCAUAUCUAAAAGAUGAAAAUAAAGAGGGUACUUCUGUGGUCAAAGCACGUUCAACAACUUUUGAAACAAAAACUUCAAAGGAGAUGUCUGUUAUUUCCCCUGACUCACGUGUUGUUGAAAAUAGAGGUCAUGGAGAAGAUGUCUUGGUUACUGCUCAGGUUACCAAAAACUCAGAACUUAAGCAGUUUGCUACCAACUUCUUGUCAUUAUAUUGCAGUGAACUGCCAGCUAGUUCAAGUUUACCUUCAGCCCAGAGUGAGGGUGCUAGUAAAAGAAGCGGUAGUCCUUCCAUUCUUGAUGUGGAUAAUAAGCAUGCAAAGAGAAUCCGCUGCAUCUCGAGUGAAAACGAGUCUAAUAUAAACAGAAAAACCAAUUCUGACGAUGCAGCUUUAAAUUCUAUUGGGGUAGCCGCGGGGAAUACAUCAGUGGAAGCUCAGAUAAGCUUGAGAAAAUGUACCAAUGUGCGUGUCAUUGGGCCAACUGAAUCUGAGACACCCGGUUCAACAUCUACGAAGCUUCGUGUUGAUGAUACUCCCAAGUCAAGUCGUGGUAGCUCCAUAUUUUCACCCGGAGAAACAUUUUGGAAUGAAGCAAUUCAGGUUGCUGAUGGUUUGUUUGCUGGAAGUGAUAAAUUUUCUUUUCAAACAGCACAACAGUCUGACGCUUUGAAGAGUCAUAACGAGAUAAUAAAUUCCAAUUGUCUUGGAGAUGGAGAGUGUGGCAAUAAGUCCAACAAAAUAUUUAAUGAUUGUAUAGAGACAGUUUCUGAUGCUGGCGUUGUUUCUGCUGUUGGUUCACAGAGCAAGUUGAGGAAGGAUCUGGAUGGAGAGAAGUCCCCGAUGCCUGUUAAGCAUUUUGAUUUUGCCUCUGACGAAAAAAAUUUCGAUGUUGUACAAUCUCUCAGAAAUAACACAGACAUCCAGAUUAUUAGUGGCAAAAAAACUGGGUCCCAAGAUAAUGUAAGUUUAAGCAGCUCUCCUGUUUUCAGCCCUCGCAAGGCAGCUCAAGCAAAAGGCAAUAUCCUUGAAGUACAAAACAUGACUCCAGAAUGUCCUGUUUCUAAGGGUAACAAGGAUGUGCUUAUCCAGGAUACCGAUAUAAUGGCAUCAACGACACCUCCGGAGAAACUUAACAUUUCUGCAGCUAAUUCCUUACCAAGUAAAGACAACACUCCUUCAAGUAUUGCACCAAUAAAGAAUCACUUAGAUCUCAACCAUUGGCUACCGACUGAAAUAUGCAGCAUUUACAUGAAAAAGGGUAUUUCGAAAUUGUACUCAUGGCAGGUUGAUUGUCUUCAAGUGGAUGGAGUUUUGCAGAACCGGAAUCUUGUAUAUUGUGCUUCUACCAGUGCUGGUAAAAGUUUUGUUGCUGAGAUAUUGAUGUUACGUAGAAUUUUAUCAUCCGGAAAAAUGGGUCUUCUUGUACUACCAUAUGUAUCCAUUUGUGCAGAGAAGGCAGAACAUCUUGAGGUCCUUUUGGAACCAGUUGGGAAGCAUGUUCGCAGUUAUUAUGGUAAUCAGGGAGGCGGUAGUCUUCCAAAGGACACUGCUAUAGCUGUCUGCACUAUUGAGAAGGCAAAUUCCUUAAUUAACCGACUGCUAGAAGAGGGUCGUUUGUCAGAGCUUGGUAUCAUAGUGAUUGAUGAACUCCACAUGGUUGGAGACCAGAAUAGGGGUUAUCUAUUGGAGUUGAUGUUGACCAAGCUUCGCUAUGCAUCUGGUGAAGGAAAUACAGAGUCUUCCAGUGGAGAAAGUUCAGGUUCUAGCAGUGGAAAAGUUGACCCUGCUGGCAGUCUCCAGAUUGUUGGCAUGAGUGCAACUCUGCCCAAUGUGACAGCAGUCGCUGAUUGGCUUCAAGCAGCUUUGUAUCAGACCGAGUUUCGGCCUGUUCCACUGGAAGAAUAUAUAAAAGUAGGCAGUACAAUUUAUAACCGAAAAAUGGACAUUGUCAGGACAGUCUCAAAAGCAGCUGAGCUUAGUGGUAAAGAUCCAGAUCACAUUGUGGAGCUCUGCAAUGAGGUUGUCCAAGAAGGCCACUCAGUGCUAAUUUUCUGUUCAAGUCGCAAAGGAUGUGAAUCUACUGCUAGGCAUGUGGCGAAGUAUCUUAAAAGAUUUUCCUUGAAUCACCUGAGCAACCAAAAUGAGUCAAUUGAUAUUACUUCUGCUAUUGAUGCUUUGCGAAGAUCUCCAGCUGGAUUGGAUCCUGUACUGGAAGAGACUCUUCCUGCUGGUGUCGCCUAUCACCAUGCUGGACUCACAGUUGAGGAAAGAGAAACGGUUGAAACCUGUUACCGCAGAGGACUUGUACGUGUCUUAACAGCUACAUCAACCUUAGCUGCGGGGAUUAACCUCCCUGCUCGGAGAGUUAUUUUCCGACAACCACGUAUUGGUCGUGACUUUAUUGAUGGCACAAGGUACCGACAGAUGGCUGGUCGGGCUGGUCGGACGGGUAUAGAUACAAAAGGAGAAAGUGUGCUGAUCUGCAAGCCAGAAGAGGUCAAACGAAUAAUGGCACUUCUUAAUGAGAGCUGUCCACCGUUGCAUUCUUGUUUAUCGGAAGAUAAGAAUGGGAUGAUUCACGCAAUAUUAGAAGUUGUUGCAGGUGGUAUUGUUCAAACAGCCAGUGACAUUAACCGGUAUGUUAGGUGUACCCUUCUCAAUUCAACAAAACCAUUUGAUGAUGUGGUUAAAUCAGCACAAGAUUCUCUUUGCUGGUUAUGCCAUAAAAAAUUUCUUCAAUGGAGUGAAGAUACCAAGUUAUACACAGUCACACCUCUUGGUCGUGCAUCUUUUGGCAGUUCUCUCUCCCCUGAAGAAUCACUGGUUGUCUUGGAUGAUUUGAUUAGAGCGAGGGAAGGUUUUGUGCUUGCAUCUGAUAUGCAUGUUGUUUACUUAGUGACACCCAUUAAUGUUGAUGUUGAGCCUGACUGGGAACUGUAUUACCAGAGGUUCAUGGAGUUGUCUGCCCUGGAUCAGUCAGUUGGUAAUCGGGUUGGAGUUCAAGAACCCUUUUUGAUGCGAAUGGCUCAUGGUGCACCAGUUCGUACAUCUUAUAGGUCAAAGGCUGGUACUAAAGGGUUACAGGGGAAGUUUGAUAACAGAUCUCUGAAUGACCAUAUGCCUUCAGAUGAACACAUGCUUCGCAUUUGUAGGAGAUUCUUUGUGGCUCUUAUACUGUCAAGGCUCGUGCAGGAAGUGCCAGUUGUCGAGGUUUGUGAUGCGUUUAAGGUCGCAAGGGGGAUGGUUCAGGCCUUACAAGAAAAUGCUGGAAGGUUUGCUUCCAUGGUUUCUGUCUUCUGUGAGAGGCUUGGUUGGCAUGAUCUUGAAGGAUUAGUAUCAAAGUUCCAAAAUCGUGUCUCAUUUGGAGUGAGGGCAGAGAUUGUAGAGCUCACCACCAUUCCAUAUGUUAAGGGUUCCCGGGCUCGAGCACUGUAUAAAGCUGGUUUGCGGACACCUGAAGCAAUUGCUGAAGCAUCAAUUCCUGAGAUUGUCAAAGUACUUUUUGAGUCUUCAUCAUGGGCUGACCAAGGUUCUGCACAACGGAGGAUCCAAUUAGGAGUUGCAAAAAAGAUAAAAAAUGGUGCACGCAAGAUUGUUCUUGAUAAAGCUGAGGAAGCAAGGCUUGCUGCAUUCUCAGCUUUCAGGUCGCUUGGACUUGAUGUCCCAACGCUUGCCCAGCCUGUCAUAUCUACUGCUGCUGGACAUACUGCUCGCAAAGAAGCUAGUACCUCCUCUGCAGAAGGGUCAACUAGUAGCUUUGUUAGACUGGAGAACGCGAAUCAAGUCCUUUCCACAUUAUCCCUGGAAAGAAGUAAGGAGGUCAAUGUUACUAUUUCUGAUGUAGGCGGAGAUAAUUCAAAGAGGAAAACAGUUUCUGACAAAGAGGCAUUUGAUAUAGAAGGAUCAAAUGGUCUUAGUGGUGAACUUCAUGAAACUACUCAUCAUAUUGAUAAUGCAAAGACUUCCCCACCAACUUUAAAAAUUAAGGGCAUUGAAGAAGGUGGUACUUAUGAGUAUCAUAAUCAUGUUGGGAAGCAGCAAUGUGAAGGAGGUGAGAUAUGUAAUGGAAGAGUCAAAGAAGCAUCAGAGAAGGGUCCUUUAAAUGCUACUGCUGUUGCUGGUGGAUUUGAUUCUUUCCUGGGUCUCUGGGAAGCUGCUGGAGAGUUCUACUUUGAUGUCCACUUCAGCAAAAAGUCUGCACUGAACAGCAUUGCCCCUUUUGAAAUAUAUGGCAUAGCCAUUUGUUGGGAAGACUCUCCCGUUUAUUAUGUAAAUCUUCCGAGAGACUUAUUUUGGUCCAACAGUAGAAGGAAAAGCCAAUCAUCGCCCAUUACCUGUGGUGAUACUGGGAGUUCUCUACCACCAAAGCUUCAGUGGGAGAUAGCAAUACAGCGAUGGAAUAGAAUUAGUACCAUAAUGAGGAAAAAAGAUAUAAAAAAGUUUACAUGGAAUUUAAAAGUUCAGAUUCAGGUACUCAAGCAUCCUACUGUUUCAAUUCAGAGAUUUGGUGGCUUGAGUCAAUUGGUCAAGACUGUUGGUGUGGAUCUUAUUGAGAACAAUUGCUUUCUGUUGUCUCCUGUUUCUGUUCAAGAUGCAAUUGACUUGUGUAUAGUAGCUUGGAUCCUCUGGCCUGAUGAGGAGAAAGGUUCUAGCCCAAGUAUAGAAAAGGAAGUGAAGAAACGGUUAUCCAUUGAGGCUGCUGCUGCCGCUAAUCGAAAUGGUAGAUGGAAGAAUCAGAUGCGGCAAGUUGCUCAUAAUGGUUGUUGUCGUCGAGUAGCACAAACACGAGCCUUGUGUUCUGUUCUAUGGAAACUAGUCAUUUCUGAAGGACUUGCUGAGGCACUUGGAGCAACUGAAAUGCCAUUGGUUAAUAUUCUUGCAGACAUGGAGCUCUGUGGAAUAGGUGUUGACAUGGAAGGGUGCCUGCAGGCACGACAAAUUCUGGGAAGAAAGCUGAAGAUUCUGGAAAAAGAAGCUUACAAGUUGGCUGGCAUGACUUUUUCAUUGUACACAGCAGCAGAUAUUGCAAAUGUACUCUAUGGGCAUCUACAGCUCCCUAUUCCAGAAGGACAUAAAAAAGGAAAACAGCACCCUAGUACGGAUAAGCAUUGCUUGGAUUUGCUAAGGAAUGAACAUCCAAUAAUUCCUGUCAUUAAAGAGCACCGAACCCUAGCAAAACUCUUGAAUUGUACAUUGGGGUCAAUUUGUUCACUUGCUAGACUAUCUAUGAGGACACAGAGGUACACACUACAUGGUCAUUGGCUCCAGACGUCAACAGCAACAGGGCGACUGUCAAUGGAGGAACCUAACCUUCAGUGUGUUGAACAUAUGGUUGACUUCAAAAUGAAUAAGGAGGACGAAGCCGUUGGUCAGCUAGAUGUCAAUAAUUAUAAGAUCAAUGCUCGUGAUUUUUUUGUAUCUACUCAGGAGAAUUGGUUACUAUUAACAGCAGAUUAUUCCCAGAUAGAACUGAGAUUGAUGGCCCAUUUCUCUAAAGAUUCCUCAUUGAUCGAGCUGCUCAGUGAACCCCAUGGUGAUGUCUUCACCAUGAUUGCUGCAAAAUGGACAGGUAAAGCAGAGUCUGUUGUGAGUCAAGAGGAGCGAGAUCAAACUAAAAGGUUGGUUUACGGCAUUCUUUAUGGAAUGGGAGCUAAGAGCCUUGCAGAACAAAUAGAUUGUAGUUCAGAUGAAGCUGCUGAAAGAAUCAAAAGCUUUAAAAGAUCUUUCCCUGGUGUUGCUUCCUGGCUACAGGAAGCAGUUACAUCUUGCCGUGAGAAAGGUUAUAUAGAGACCCUCAAGGGACGAAAGCGCUUCUUGGCAAAAAUAAAAUUUGGAAACAGUAAGGAAAAGUCUAAAGCUCAGAGGCAAGCUGUGAAUUCUAUCUGCCAGGGGUCAGCUGCAGACAUUAUCAAGAUUGCAAUGAUAAACAUCCAUUCUGUGCUUGAUAACUUUGAGAAGUCUCCGUCCAAUUCUACGGUUGAUGAAAAGUUUCAUGUGCUUAAAGGACGUUGUCGGAUCAUAUUACAGGUUCACGAUGAAUUAGUACUUGAGGCUGAUCCUUCUGUUGCAAAGGAAGCUGGAUUGUUGUUGCAGAUGAGCAUGGAAAAUGCUGUUUCACUUCUUGUCCCACUGCAUGUGAAACUGAAGAUUGGGAGGACAUGGGGAUCUUUGGAGGCUUUCCAGGUCAUAGAAUGAAUAGUAUCCUUUCAAACAAGACAGUCUUUGUCUAUACUUGACCGGACCAGAGCAAGCAAUGAUGUUGGCAGGGCAGCGGUAUAACUUUAUGUGAAUUUGCUGCUCAUCAAGGUUAUAAUGUGCUCUAAUUGGCGUGUCUCAGAAUCUCAUGACUUUUGUACAAGCAAAGGUCUCAUUGAUGGAUAAGGUCACUUGACGGAAUUGGAAGGACAGAGCAAUGGACUUUUCACUUUUAUUGACCAAAUCUGCCCUUGUUGGUGCUCAGAUAAAUUUUUGGAACUGUAACAUGAAGGAAGUAAUAUUGUGAUGAGGGUACCCGGAACCAAGGUCAGUUUCAAUAUUUUUGAGGGCAUGAGAUGUCAAGAUUCUGCUGAUGAGUUUUUCUUGAUUGUCUCCUGAGCAUGCUGCUUCACUGUUCUAAGCCCGCAAGCAUCUAGAUGGGAAUGUGUUUAAUUACUGGUGAUAAGGCUUUUACCUUAUUCUCAUAGUCUCUCACAGAAAGCGAAUACUUAAUAUACCAGGGGAAUACCCACCAAGAGAAUCAAGGAGUUGGUCCAAGUGGUGGAUGACUUGUAGCGCUUAAUACAUGAUGCCAAAGAUUCAAAUCGUACUGAAGUCAUAUUCAUCAUUCAAGGUUGUGUUGGCCUUGGGCUAUGAAUCUUGUGGGGUUUGACUCAACCCUCUUUAAUCGCACCAUGAAUGGUUCCUAUGUGGUUAUUUGUCUCCAUGCCCCAGAAGCCAAAAAGCCAAAGGGAAGAAUUAUUCGAGGAAAUAAUCAUAGGAUUUUUAACUGUUUCAUUGGCUCAGCCUCAAGUUUAGUCAGUGCAGAUCUCCAGGAACAUUUCAGAGUUGUAUGAAUUGCCAUAAGAUGAUAUUCAAUGUCUUGGGGUGCAUUUUCUGCUGUAUCUGCCCUGAAAUUUGAUGCAUGUGGAAUUGGUCAAUGGUCUGUAUUUUUGUGUCUCUCACAUAUGGAGGAACAGCCUGGGACCUGGAAGAUCCACAUCAGGUCACAUUGUUACAAAGGGUACAGAUAAAUCAAUCUGGAGGGGUCUCGAACAUACAACUGUGAGCAGCUCUCUUGACAAUCGAAUUUGGAGAUCUGGAGCACCCAGAAAGGCUGUUCUGAUUGCUUGGAAGACUUCAUUGAAGUUACUGUGAUAUGUGACAUCUAGAGACAAGAGGAUUUUGUCAUUUGGUUGAUGAUCCGCCAGAGACUUGGAAAGAUGAAUUAUGACUUAGUGAAAGGAUUCUCAAUAAAGGCAUUCUUUGGUGCAUGGAUUUAAUUCAGUCAUUUUUGUCUAUGAUAUCAUUCACGGAAAAGACUUUUUGUCUACCUGGUGUGUUUUUAACAGAGAAGUGCAUAGAUAUGAUUCUUACACUUCAUCUGAAUAUGUUUGGUGCUCUGCAGAGGAGUUUCUGAUGAUGCUGAGUUGGAACCAGGUUAAUUGAUUUCUAUUUUUUAUGCAAUACUUUUAAAAAAAAAAAAGACUGUUGGCA